GCCCGCCCGCCCUGCCACGCCCACGCCGCCACUGGGAGGAGCUCGACCCCAGCGGCGGUGCAAGGCCACCGCGCCCACUCGGAGGAAAAUAAUCUGUUCUGCUUAGUUGAACAAGUACGCACCAGACAAGUAAAUGGGAGUUCAGGCAGAUCGAAGACCUCCUGGGGGUCUGGAUGGCCUCUAUGGGGUACAACUUACGGGACGGUCACCGUACAGUGAUGAUGAAGCUAUCAAAACAAGCAUUAUGGAUUCGUCAGCUAUGGAGCAGCAGGGGGGUGUCGGCAUGACUCGAAGUUUGAAGAUCAAGCAACUCUGGCGACAGAGACCCCCAUGCCUGAAGCCUAUUCACUGUAGUCUCUCAUGUGAUAAAAAUGUAGCUGAAACUGUUGCUAAUGUUGUCACGUCACUUCCUUUCAUCUUUCUUGGACUGCAGACACCAAGAAAGACCUUGAAUACUGCACUUUAUGCUAACUCACUAAUUGGAGUUGGAGUUGCAUCUAGCUUGUAUCAUACAUCACGAGGAGAAAUCAGAAAAUACAUGCGGUGGGCAGAUUACACAAUGAUCGCCACUACAACACUGUGCUUAACAAGAGCGCUUCGGGAUGAACAUCCAAAAUUACUAAUGGCGGCAUCAACGUUGCUCCUACCGUUCCAGCCCUUGAUGGUCACAGCCCUCCAUACUGGGAUGAUGGAGGUUUCAUUUGCGAAACGAGCAUCGACAGAGCCAGAGCUCAAGACAGCACACAACCUGCACAGGAUGUCGUCUCUGCUGGGUGGGGCCCUGUUCAUUGCCGAUGAUGUCUUCCCGCAGACCCCCUACAUCCAUGCUGCAUGGCAUCUAGCUGCAGCAUUAGGCGUCUGCACAUGCAACAAGCUUCUUGAAUGACCCUGCCGGGGGUUUAUUCUCCUUUAUACGAGAGAAAAAUCUGUUCUGUUAUCAACAAGCUGCUGAUAACAAUUUAUCGACCUGUCACAUUGAUCGUUGCACAUUGCAUAGGUGAUUGGUUCACAUUGAGCCGAAAAACAUUGGAGGAUUACUACAGCGUAUAUUGCUCUCCCGGAGUGAGAGGAACUAGGUACCAGUUAGUGACUGUAUUUGUUGUAUAUGAUAUAUUGUAGUAGUUGUUGUUCCAAAAAUACUGUUACUACAGCAUGUAUUGCUCGUAGUGAGAUGAACUAGAACUAGUCAGUCCUGUAUCCUGUAUUUGUUGUAUAUGAAUUACAUUGUAGUUGUUUUGUACUUAUGUUCUGUAGUGUUGUACUUCACUACAAUGGGGACAAUUUGGUUGCUGA